AUGAGGACUACAACUUGUUCCCUUCUGAUCUUCAUCUCCCUUCUCCAGCUGACUGUCCUAGUGACUACUGAGGGGAAACCGAUUGAGGAAUUUCACAGCCAUCGAGAUGACUCUCCUAAGGCUUUCUCCUGUACUACUGUCAAGGCUACAGGCACACUGGCGUCCUGUCCUGCUGGGAUGAUUGCUACUGGCUGUGCGUGUGGCUUUGCCUGUGGAUCUUGGAAUAUCCAGAAUGAAAACAUUUGCCACUGCCUGUGUCCAAUCAUAGACUGGACCCUUGCCCGCUGCUGCCGACUGGGCUAA